AUGCCAUUUUAUAUAAAUAAACAUAUAAAUCUUUUUAAUGUCUAUAAAUUAUUUAAUAACAAAAAAAAAAAAAGUUGGAUGAUAAUGAUUCCUCAUAUUAAUGAAAGAAAUAAUUAUAAUAGAAACUUCUCUUGGAGUCCUGAGAAAAAAUGUACAGAUGAAAUAAAAAAAGAAAUAAUGGAUGAUGAAAACAUGAUAGAUAAUAAUAAUAAUAAUAAAAAAAAUAACAAUAUGGUUGAUAUAUCAUAUAAAAAUUGUAAUAAAGAAAAUAUUGUUAAUAAUAACGUUAAUCAUAUUAAUAGUAAUAUUAUAUGUAACCAAUCUGGUGAUAAAAAUUAUAAAAGAAUAUUAUUAAUAGAAAAAUAUACUAAAUAUGAUAAUUUAAAAAAACUAGGAUAUAGUGAUGAAUAUAUAUUGAAAAACUUUUUAAGAAUAUAUAUAUCUCAUUUUACUCAUACACUUAUAGUAAAUAAUAUAAUUCAUUUAUUAAGAAGCAAGUAUAAAGCUCACGUUUCUAUAUUGAAGGCUUAUAAAAAAAAUAUUGAAAAUAUAUUUAUAAGUAGUUCUAGUGUAUUCGCUCCGGAUGCUAUAUUUAGUGUGGGGGGUGAUGGCACGUAUCUAGAAUCUGCACACAUUAUUGCAAACAAAUACUCGAUCGACAAAAAUACAGAACGAGAAAAGAAAAGAAUCGAACUUGUAGGAAUAAAUAGUGACCCUAGAGGUUCUGAAGGAAAAUUAUGUCUAGAUUAUUUUAUAGAAAAUAAUGAUAAUGACAUGAAUUGUUCAUAUGAAACAUUCGAAGAAUUUGAAAAAGUAUACAAUAAGAGAAGUAAGAAGAAGAAUUUUAUUUUUACAGAUGUAAAUAAUUUUAUAGAUUAUUUAAAAAAAAAUGGAGGGAAAAAAAACAAAAUAGAUAUGAAGACAGUGUUGGAUAUAAACAGAUGUAUAGAUACAGAUCCUUGUGAUGAUAUAAGUUCUUAUAAAAAUAUAGAAAAUAAGCAAAUAUCAUCGAAAGAGGAGUUGUGUUCAUUGAAAAAAAUAAAUACAAUAGAAGAUAUUGUAAGAAAUAAUAGUUUGAGUUAUAAUAAAUUAUCAUGUGAAGACAAAAAAAGCACAACAAUAUAUCAUAAUGAUGUUAAUGUGUUUAAUGGAGAUAAGGAUAUGGACCUACACAAUAAUAACAACAAUAAUAAUAAUAAUAAUAAUAGUAAUGAUAUAAAUAUGAAUGAACAUGGUUUAUUGUCAAAAUAUACAUCCAUAAACAAUAAUGAUAAUUUAAUUCUGAGCAUAAAAGAAUAUAUAAAUAAUACAUUAAGAAAUUUUUUUGAAAGUAAUAAACAUGAAAAAGUAUAUAGAAAAUAUAUCACGGUUAUAAUUAAGAAAUCGAAUGAGAAUGAAAUAAAAACAUAUAAAAGUAUAAAUGAAGUAUAUAUUUAUGAAGCUAUAAAAAAUAAUAUAUGUACAUAUAUAAAUAUAGAUAAUAAACAUGUAAAGAAAUUAAAAAGUACAGCUUUAUUAAUUACUAGUGGAACUGGUUCAACUGCAUGGGCAUAUAAUGUAAAUAAAAUAGAUAAGAAAAGAAUGAAAUAUAUUAUUGAUGAAUAUAUAAAUAUACAAAACGAUACAAUAAAAAAAAAUAUAAAAAAUAUAAAUAUAGAUAUAUUUUCAGAAUAUAUUAAUAAUUCUAUAUGUUUUCAUCCAAAUAGUAAAUAUAUGAAAUGUAUUGUAAAAGAACCUGUUGAAAAUAGUGUAUAUGAUUCAACAGAUCAUAUAUAUAAUUGUAAAUAUAUUGAUAUAAAAACAUGUACAAGUAAUACAAUUGUUUAUAUAGAUGGAAUAUAUAAUAUUAAAAUACAACCGAAUGAUUCUGUCAUUCUUCACAUAAAGGAUGACGACCAUAUAGUAACAUAUAAAUGA